CAGAGAAUGUGUCCAGUGUUUUGUGCAUGUACUGUAUGUGUUCAUAGGUGCAUAUAUAUGUGCAUGUGAAUCCAGCCCACCCUCUUUGAAGACAAAACAUCACAUAUGAAGUCAUGUGAUCUUUGGACAAUUUAUAUAUCAUUGGGGUUCAGCUUCAAGAGCAAACAGCCUUCGUUAACAAACUUGUGAGUAACAUCAUCUCGACCAACAUAAAGAGAGAUCUAAAUCUAAGCAUGUCAUACAGAGAGGACGUUGAGCAUGAGGAGCAAGAGGGGAUUGUAGAGGCCGCUGGGAAGCGAACACCCAAUCCACAUCAUGCAGAUGCUGCUGAGGAACCUGGUGAAGAAGAAGAAACAAAACCAAAGCAUAAACCCUUUGUGCCAGCUUUGGUGCCUCCCAAAAUUCCUGAUGGAGAGAAAGUUGAUUUUGAUGAUAUUCACCGUAAACGUAUGGAGAAAGACCUGACAGAGCUACAGACUCUCAUUGAAGCACACUUUGAGAGCAGAAAGAAAGAGGAAGAAGAGUUAAUCAGCCUCACCCAACGGAUUGAGAACCGCAGGUCAGAGCGAGCGGAGCAGGUCCGGAUCCGCACGGAGCGAGAGAGAGAACGGCAAAACAAACUAGCCGAAGAAAAAGCACGAAAAGAGGAGGAAGAGGCCAAGAGGAAGGCUGACGAUGACGCUAAGAAGAAAAAGGUUCUCGCGAGCUUUCAGUACACCGGAUACAUGCAAAGGACAGACAAAAGGGGUGGGCCUAAGAAGCAAACCGAGAGAGAGAAGAAAAAAACCAUCCUGAGCGAACGCCGUAAGGAACUGAACAUCGAAAACCUCGGCGCGGACAAGCUGAGAGAAACCGCAAACGAACUCUGGAAGUGGAUGCGGCAGCUUGAAGCCGAGAAGUUUGAGCUGCAAUACAGAUACAUGUGCCAGAAAUACGAGAUCACCGUCCUCAGGAAUCGAGUCAGCGAUCAUCAGAAAAAUACCAAAGGAUCCAGGACUAAGAGAGGACUAAGAAAAUAAUGCAGCUUCGCAGAGACUCACCAACAACAUUAUUUGCAUUGAUAAUAUGUUUAAAUAUAAUUAUAUAAUAUUCUCCCAAUCUUUUUUUUUUUUUUUUUUUUUUU